AUGGUUAGGAAGAUUGUAAACCUGGACUCAAGGCAGAUGCUGUGCUGGGCUCAAGGUCUUCAGCAAAAGUACACACAAAGUGGUGGUGUAAAAUCGUUUGACCUUUCAACAUUGUGUGUUGGUUUUGAUCCAUACAUUGGUAUCCCAUCGCUGCAUCAGGUUGUUGAGAGCGGGGGAAAGAACAUAGAAGUUGCUGUGAUGACAAGGGAGCAUGGGCUGCGGCAACUGGAUGAAGCUCAAAUUGAUGCUCUUGAUGCUGAGAUUGAAGCAGAGAAGGCAGCUGCCGAGGCUACCAAGAAAGGUCCUCCUAAGGAAACAUGA